AUGAAAAAGAGUAUCCUUAAAGACAACACUUUACCAUUGCCAAAUAGUAAUCGGAGAGUAUCCUUUGCACCAGAUGUUACACUUCAUAAAUUCGAUCUCGUCUCCAAUAAGCGAAGAAAGACUAUAAGCUCCAAUGAAAUAACAAGUACCAGUUCAGACCUAGGGAGUGCCAUUUUCGGUACUUCAGAUGGUACGAACAAAGGGUACCUAAGUCCAGUUACUAGGGAAUUCAAUCAAAAUGAGAUAGGAGAUGAUCAUGAUCUUUCAAAUGGUUAUAACGAGGACCUUUCAGACGUGUCAAUGGAACUUACCGGCGAAAUACAUUCGUUGAUGGAAGUUUCAAAACAGCAAAACUCCGAAACUCGUCAAUCAAAUUCCAAUACCUCACUCAGUAAUCCUCCUAUUGCAACUUCUGACGAAGGAAAGGAACAGACUGGACUCUUGCCACAACCACAUCAUUUUGGACCAGAAGCCAAAAUUGAUGAUGAACAAGAAAUUACAAUGGAUAUCACUGCUGUAUUCACACAUACAUCCAGCGGAAAGGCUGAAUCAACUUUUGACACAUCUAUUCAAAAAUUAGAGAAAUCUGGUCCCCAGUUCAUAAAGACAAAUGAAAUAGAGAGUGUCGAUCAUAUUUCAGGCAAUGAAGGCAAGCAACCCAGCGCGAACGCAUUUGCUAAAAAUAGUCUGUCUUCACAUAAUCCAUCAGCCAAAGAUUCUGAAACUGGAAAUAAUGAGGAUGAGCAAAAUAAGGAGAACUUACCGGAAGAUUCAACUAUGACUAUGGAGCUUACGCGUGUCCUCUCAAACAUCCGGCCCAAUCAUCAGGGAAAGAAUUUAAAUUCCAAUGUUCAACACAUGUCCCGGAAGCAUUUGAUAUCUUGUCCGGAGAAAGGUUCAAGUAAUCUUAGCAAUGAAGCUUUCGUGGGCAAAGUUCCUACCAACAGCCAGUCUCGAAGUGAAGAUUGUGGAGGAGACAGUCAACCUAUGGAACUCACUCAAACCAUUCCAAAGAUAACGAGGAUAUCGGAAUCAAGCAGGAUGACUAGUUUUUCUAGGUACGUACCUGGUCGUGAAGAAGACUUAACGCCAAAGCAUUCCAGAAGUUCGCUGCCUUCUAAAGAAAGUCACAUCAUCUAUUCAACUAGCCAGCCAAGUGGAGUCUUAUAUUCUGAUAAACCUGAAAUGGCUGAAAGCGAGAUUGUACAUAUUGAGUCAAAUAGUGAAGCGAACACAUCUGUCUUGGGACCCGACUUGUCUGGUCUUGAAGAGCAGGUUACAACGACGAUGAUACCUCUUGCCCAAGUUUCUUCAAGCAAUGAGCACUUUGAUGGUAAUGCUGGUCGUGAAAAUACAGAGGGGAAGGAAGCUCAUAUCCCAGUAACAUUUUCUCAAUUUAUAAAUGAUAUCAAUAUACAAUUUUAUGAUGAUAUGGAUCUUAAUAUGCACAGAUUGGGUCGCUUUCGAAUUAAUAAUGAAGUUGAUCUGGCCGAGUUAGGAGACUAUGCUUUGGCUCUACCAAAAGUGGAAUUAUUAUCUUUACUUGAAUUCAUAAAUGAUGAACUAUGCAAAAGUAUAGCAGAAGGGCAGAAGUUAUAUAGUGAGCAUUGUCACACUAUCGGAACUAGUAACCCUCCUAUUAUUCGUGAAUAUUACGAGGCAGAUGAGGAUAAAAAAAUAUCAAUGGUUCAUAAACUUCAUAUGAUUCGUGAUUUCACAAAGUUGAAUGCACAAAGAAAUUGGUAUGAUUGGCGAACUCAAUUGUCGAAAACAUUGCUAACCAAGUUGAAUGAAAUGCAGUUCUCGAAUGAUCGCGCAGAGCUCAACCAGACUAUGGAUAAAUUCAAAGAUAUCAAAGAGGGACUUGCGAAAUCGGUAUCCGGACUAAGACAGAAGUUAUGCUUGGUUUCGGACCUCAAGUCAAAGGUUGAAUCGAUGAAUCUGAGUAGAAUAAAGGAGCUCAAGGAACAAAUUCUCCACAGCAAGCAAAAGCGAUCAUUGGCUAGAACGGCUCUCAAUACGAAGACUGAAGAGCUUCAUCAAAGCGAGCAAACGUUGCUUUUGAGUCAAGAGGACAAGUCUCUAUUAGAAGACCAGUUGGCGCAAGCUGAGAAGCAAUUUCAUGACACAAAGCGCUACGAGUUUAUGGAGAUUAAUUUGUUGAACCACAGGCUCUAUUGUUUGCAAGGGUUGCUUAAGUUGAAAUUGAACGGAUUUUCUGAGCGGAGCAUUGUUGAAUUUAUUUUUGAUGGUGCAAUUAGUUGCAUGUUUGAUAGUAAGAAUAACGAGCUUAGGUGUUCACUGCUAGAGAAUGCUCUAAAAACUCCCAAACUACUCGAUGUUAUUCCUCGCUUGCCAGCGUUGGCUCCAUGCGAAUCUUUGAUUGGUAAAUUCCUACAUUUUAGGAUGCAAUGGAAGUGGCUAAAACAAUUAGACUUAGAUCUAUCUAGGUUUGCUGCCUUUUAUCCAGUUCAUGUUGAAAUUGAUGAGCAAUCUAUUCAAUUCACAAUUAAAUACUAUAAUUUUGAACAUGACUACAAACUACAAAUUUUCGGCAAAGUGUCCUUAUCUAAGUUAAUAAAAUAUGAUGUACAUUAUGGUCUAAUCGUGGAAAUGAAAGGGUCAAAAAAGAGAUUAAGUAAUGCCCUCGUAUGUAAGCACUUGUUACAUGAUUUGCCUGAGCUAUCAUUAAAAGGCGUAGUUAUAAAGUAG